GUAAACUGACUACUUUAUUUCCUUCUCCAACCUAGGAUGGUGAUCGAGACAUUUUUAUUGAUGGGGUUGUUGCUCGUAAUAGAGCCUUGAAUGGGGACCUGGUGGUUGUGAAUCUGCUUCCAGAGGAGCAGUGGAAGGUAAUUAAACCAGAGAGCAAUGACAAAGAAACAGAAGGUGCCUAUGAAUCAGAUCUCCCUGAGGAGCUCUGUGGAAGCCAUCUCCUGCAACAGUCUCUGAAAGGCUAUAAUGACAGUCCUGAUGUCAUUAUAGAGGCUCAGUUUGAUGACAGCGACUCAGAAGAUGGACAUGGCAACACGCAGAAUGCUCUGGUUGACGGUGUUAAGAAACUCUCAGUUGGUGUUCAUGAAGAAGGAAAAGAGGAUGCUGGUGCACCAGUUACAAAAGACAAGAACACCUUCAUGUCACAGGACACAAGAGCUUUACCAGAGAAGUCGCUGCAGAGAUCAGCAAAGGUGGUUUACAUCUUGGAAAAAAAACAUUCCCGUGCAGCGACUGGCUUCCUCAAACUCUUGGCCGAUAAGAACAGUGAACUGUUUAGGAAGUAUGCCCUGUUUUCUCCCUCGGACCACCGGGUGCCUAGAAUUUACGUACCUCUCAAGGACUGUCCCCAGGACUUUGUGACCCGGCCUAAAGAUUAUGCCAACACGCUGUUCAUCUGCCGCAUUGUGGACUGGAAGGAAGACAGCAACUUUGCCCUGGGGAAAAGAGGAUGCUGGUGCACCAGUUACAAAAGACAAGAACACCUUCAUGUCACAGGACACAAGAGCUUUACCAGAGAAGUCGCUGCAGAGAUCAGCAAAGGUGGUUUACAUCUUGGAAAAAAAACAUUCCCGUGCAGCGACUGGCUUCCUCAAACUCUUGGCCGAUAAGAACAGUGAACUGUUUAGGAAGUAUGCCCUGUUUUCUCCCUCGGACCACCGGGUGCCUAGAAUUUACGUACCUCUCAAGGACUGUCCCCAGGACUUUGUGACCCGGCCUAAAGAUUAUGCCAACACGCUGUUCAUCUGCCGCAUUGUGGACUGGAAGGAAGACAGCAACUUUGCCCUGGGGCAGCUGGCUAAGAGUCUUGGGCAGGCUGGUGAAAUCGAGCCUGAAACAGAAGGGAUACUAACAGAGUAUGGAGUGGAUUUCUCUGAUUUCUCUUCAGAAGUUUUAGAAUGUCUCCCUCAAGACCUGCCUUGGACAAUUCCACCAGAGGAAUUCAGCAAGAGAAGAGAUUUAAGAAAAGACUGUGUCUUCACCAUCGACCCAUCAACUGCCCGAGACCUCGAUGACGCCCUCUCCUGCAAGCCCGUCGCUGACGGCAACUUUGAAGUGGGAGUUCACAUCGCUGACGUCAGUUACUUUGUUCCUGAGGGAUCCAGUCUGGAUAAAGUGGCUGCUGAGAGAGCUACAAGUGUCUACUUGGUUCAGAAGGUUGUCCCCAUGCUUCCCAGGCUGCUGUGUGAGGAACUGUGCAGCCUCAACCCCAUGACCGACAAGCUCACCUUCUCCGUGAUCUGGACGCUAACUCCGAAGGGCAAGAUCCUCAGUGAAUGGUUUGGCCAGACUGUCAUCCGCUCCUGCACCAAACUGAGCUAUGAACAUGCACAGAGCAUGAUUGAAGGCCCCACUAGGAAGAUCCCCGAGGAGGAGCUGCCCACCGUCUCCCCGGAGCACACCAGUGAGGAAGUGCACCGGGCUGUUUUGAACCUCCACCGUAUCGCAAAGGAGUUACGCCAACAGCGGUUUGUGGACGGCGCACUUCGUUUGGAUCAGUUAAAGCUUGCUUUUACUCUGGACCACAAGACAGGAUUGCCUCAAGGAUGUCACGUCUACGAGUACCGUGACAGCAACAAGCUCGUGGAAGAGUUCAUGCUCUUGGCCAACAUGGCUGUGGCCCGCAAGAUCCACUGCACCUUCCCCGAGCAAGCCCUGCUACGGCGGCACCCCCCACCCCAGACCAAGAUGCUCAACGACCUGGUGGAAUUCUGUGGCCAGAUGGGGCUGCCCAUGGACUUCAGCUCUGCAGGGGCCCUCAAUAAAAGUCUGAUGGAGACAUUUGGAGAUGACAAGUACUCACUGGCCCGGAAGGAGGUGCUCACCAACAUGUGCUCCCGGCCCAUGCAGAUGGCCUUGUACUUCUGCUCGGGGGUGCUGCAGGACCAGGCGCAGUUCCGCCACUACGCCCUCAAUGUGCCGCUCUACACGCACUUCACCUCGCCCAUCCGCCGCUUCGCGGACGUCUUGGUGCAUCGCCUCCUGGCCGCCACGCUGGGCUACGGGGAGCUUCCAGAUGUGGAGCCCGAUGCCCUGCAGAAGCAGGCUGACCACUGCAAUGACCGCCGCAUGGCUUCCAAGCGUGUGCAGGAGCUCAGCACCAGCCUCUUCUUUGCCAUCCUGGUCAAGGAGAGCGGCCCGCUGGAGUCGGAAGCCAUGGUGAUGGGCGUCCUGAGCCAAGCCUUCGACGUGCUGGUGCUGCGCUACGGGGUACAGAAGCGCAUCUACUGUAAUGCGCUGCCACUGCAGUCAUACCAUUUCCAGAAGGUGGGCAAGAAGCCGGAGCUCACGCUUGUCUGGGAGCCUGAGGACGCGGAGCAGGGGCCGGCGCAGCAGGUCGUCAGCAUCUUCAGCCUGGUGGAGGUGGUGCUGCGGGCAGAGGCCACGGCCCUCAAGUACAGCGCCAUCCUGAAGCGACCCGGCACCGAGGGCCUGCUAGACUGGCAGGACGAGCAGGGCGGCCAGGACCUCGCGGAGGAACAGGACUGAAGCCGCCAGCCGGCCCACCCCUCCCCCACUCCCAUUAGGAAUAGAAACUUCGGGCACCAACGGGGAUUCUUAAUUUGGUUUUUAACAACUCAGGGUUUUGUUUUUAUUUUUUCAUUGUUUCAUUUUUGCAGCUUGGUUUUCAAACUGGAGGGGGAGGGUGGGGCUGGAUGGAAGGCUGCGGGCUGGCCGGUGCUCAGCAGCGCAGAGCUAGACCUGGUCCUCCUGGGAGGCCAGCGCCCCUUCUGCCAGGUUACCCACUGCCCUCCCGUGCCCGGAAAACCAGGGGUUUUCAGUAAAUCAGAGUCAUGGAAUAAAAUCAAGUGUGAGUGCUGCCUGGUGUGUGGGGCACCGGGGUGGCCAGGGUAGUGGGGUGCCCCUUGGACCCAGGACGGGGGACCUGGCCCGGGCUCCACCCGUCACAGCUGAGCUGGGGUUGCCACCCUUGGGAGCCUUCCCGGCAGUUCCAGGAUGAUUCACAGAGCUGGCCGCGUGGCAGAUUGAUGCCAGCGCCUCAUUCUGGCUGAUUAGAAAUGGAAUUAGUAUGCAAGACGGCAGGCUCACCCGUCACCGCGCCGCAUGGAGCCGUGUCCAUCCCCACCCCAGCACUUCCUCUCUGCCGGCUGCCGCCCUCCAUGGCCCCAGGACGGGGGCUUGGGCCCUGUGCCGCCCACCCCCACUUCCAAGGCUGGAGCUCUGGGUGGCCCUGUCCACCUUCCUUAGGGGGGGCCAGCACCCCAGCAUCUCCUGUCCCGAUCCUGUGCCCUGGCAGCAGCAAGGGAACCUGGGGGCCUGCCCGAGGGGAGGGGCCCCCAGACCAGCCUUCCUGACCAGAGAGGGGCAGGUGUGCUCCUGGUGGCCCUGGCCUGGCUCAGUCGACUGCCUGCUAUCUGCCUGAGCACCAAGUGAUCCUUGGGGACCCGGGGGCAGAGGUGGGAGGCCACCGCACUCGGCUCUCUCCCCGGCUGGUUUGACCUAAGCCUGUGCUUCUAGUUUCCCCAGCAGACUAGAGAAACACAGGUUGGCUUCCCCAGGAGCCGCCAGAAACUAGGGUUAAAACCCCACGGGGACCAAGGUCCCAGUUCCACCAGGCUGAUUCCUGGGGUGUUGGUAUUAACAAGCUCACUUGAUCUGAUUUCAGUGAAUUUUCUUCAAAGGAAACUUCAAUGGAGCACCUUGUAGGAGGGCUUCGCCAUGGCUGGAGUGGUGACGGGGCCUGGCUGCCUCGGUCUCGGCCACCGGCCGGCCGUGGCUCACAUCCCCCCAGCGCUGGGCCGGGUGCCAGAGGGGGACAAAAGAGACAUCACUGUGCCCGCCCUGAAUUCCCUUCUCUCCUCCUCCAGCACCUUGACCAGCCUUCGGUCUGUCCAUCCUGCCACCCCCAAGACAUCCCAGAGGCCACCGUUCCCUCUCUGCUCCUGCCCCAGAGCCUUCUAGAACCAGCUAUCUGGAAGGGAAAUGGUGAGGGUCCAGUGGUUUGGUAUUUGGAUGACGAGGUUUCUGGGUGCUUCUGCAGCCUGGGCAGCCAGGCAUCCCAGCCCUGCCCUCAUCCUCUCACCUGCCCGCCCCCGGAGGAGCAGAGCCCCUCUCUCCUCGCGCUGUCCCCCAGGGCCUCCCGUGGAGCCUGGGAGCUGAGGGCAGAGCAGAGCCCCACGGAGGGGCGCCCUCAGGAUGGUGGUGGGCCAGCAUGCUGGGCCCUCUCUCGGGCAGCAUGGACGCAGGCUGGACACCCUUCCUCACGGCCCCAGCGCCCCAGACCGUGGUAAAUCGUAGCUAGCUUGGUCAGCAGGGAAGACCGUUGCUGCCUGGACUUGCUGGGGAAGCAGAGGCUGGCCUCGCCCUGAUGGCCCUAGAGCUGGGGGACCCAUAGCAGCCCCGGCACCUCCACCCCAUUUGACAGAAGGAGGAACUGCACCCAGAAAGGAGGUAGGUCUCUAGCCAAAGUGACACAGCCAGACUCUGCCCAGCCAGGUCCAGGGUUCAGGCAUCUGCCCUCCCCCAAACGCCCCUGCCUGUGGGUUCAGAGCAAAUGGCCCAGCGCUCUACCCCACAACGUCAACUGCGUCCUUCAUCUGCGUCUACUCACUCAGCAGGUGUCCUUGACACCACCCACGUGCAGGGCACUGGCCUGCACACGUCCAUGGUCCAAUGAGGGAGACAGCCCCCUGUGGCCCCUCGCUCAGGGGACUGUUGAUAAAGGGGGUGAUGAGACCCAAAUCUCGUCAAAAAGGAAGCCGUGGUCAUUCCUCCAGCUGUCCCAGAGCACCCGCACGUGUCCUCAAGGAGCCGCCUCCGGUCGCCAUGGGGGAGGGAGACGUAGACGCAAAUCAUGUCACUGCAGGACAAGGUUCUAGCGAAGAUCAGAGGCUGGGGUGUGUGUUCCCAGCCGUGAAGGGUGGGUGCUCAGAAGAAGAAAGCGCGCGCAGCCGGCCCACGUGGGCGAAGAAACUGAGGUUCGGAGAUUCCUGACAUGAGCCGUGAAGGGUGGAGGUCACUAGGAUCAGAGGGUGCCCAGAGGAUGGGCAGGGAGGUGCUGGCGAGGUAGGAACGGGGUAGAUCCCCACUGACCCUUAUGGCAGCCAGAGAGCAUGCCCUGUGUGCUGUGGGCCAUCAGAGCCCCGGGAGGAUUCUCAUCAGGGCCGUGAGGCGAUAUGACCUUUGUCCUUCACUCAUUUAUCAACAGCAGUGAGUGCCUUUUAUGUGCCGUGUCCUCUGGGAGCUUAUGGUCGGGAGGGGAAGUCGCCUUUCUAGUGUGGCAGGCGGUGGGGACGGUGUUGAUGGCAGCGGAGGAAAAGCAGUGCUGAGGAGGGGGCAUAGGUGGCAGAGACGUCCAGGAACCACCCGGGGCUACUUGUGGGCACGGCCUCAAGACAGGAGUGGGCUUGGUCGGUGAACGGGGCCAAAGGGCCUCUGGGGUUGUUUUCCCAGGGGCCCUGUCUCUUUAUGGGACCUGCUCCCCAGCUUCUAGCCCAUCCCUCCCACCUGCGUGGGUCCCCAGGAGCCACCAUUCUGUACCACGACAUCUCUGAUGGGACCCGGGGUGGGCACCUGGCCCAUUCUUUCCUGGGGCCUAUCCUAACUAAAAUUGGGAGAGGGUGUCACUGUCUCCCCAGGAUGGUAGUCUGCAAGACAUAGAAGCUCAUGUUUCCAGAAAGUCACCGUGAAGGAAACAGUGUACACCAGGAGGAAGGGAAGCGGUCUCAGAGAAGGGAGACGGAGAGCCUCGGAGGCACCGGGUUUCCCGCACCCCAGGAGACCCAGAGGCACCUCCGUGUGGUGGGCUUUUCUGCCUUGUGGUAGUUCACGUACCAUGAGGAGCCUUUCCAUCAAUUCCCUUCCCCCUAAAGCUACUUCACACUUGGUUUCUUUCCUUUGCAACCAAGAUAGGAGUCUUCCUGAAGCCUCAGGAUGUUACCAAAGGGAUCGUGGGUACCCUCCCCCAGCAAUCAGCAAAGCCCAUCUACUGACAUUGGUUGUGGUAAAGUUUUCUUCAGGUGCCAACCAAGGAGAAAGGGCAACUCAUGCUCAAAAGACCCAAGCUCCCUGAUGGCUUUCAGGGAAGGGGUUUUAAAGGCAGCAAUACAGGGUGAGGGUUUGGAGGUACAUGAUCAGAUUGUGGACUUUCUUCUGAUUGGUUGGUGGUCCGGGUGCUAUUUCGGGAAUCUUAAGCAUCAACCUUCUGGUUCCAGCCAGUCUGGGGUCUAAGUGCCUGUGGUCAGUAUGUAGUUACCAUCCUCCACCUGGGUGGGAGGGUCUUCAUUCCUGCAGAGCACCUCAAAGAUUUGUGUCAGAUUGUUACCUAUAAUCCUUGAGAAGGAACUAGACGUCCUGUGACUCUAUUGUCUAAGCUAUUCUUUUUCUUGCUUGAGGGCUUUCCUCUGUUUCUGCAUUCCCUCACUUCUCUAAUGAGUAACCACUUGUGUCUGUUCUUUGGAACUCAGGGAAGGCCUAGGCGACUUUAUUCCUACAAACAAGAGAUGGGGGGCACAGCGGGGCUUUUGUACCCAGAAAGGCCUCGUGGGUCCUGCUCAGUUUCAGUUCCCCCUUUUCUUUGAUCCUCCUCAAUCCUGAGGGGAACAGGGACAGGACGAGAAGGGGAAUAAAGUUUUGGAUAGAGACGUUCAUCAUAAACUCGGCAGCGGAACUCAGUUUUAGGGAGACUUGGUUUCAAGGACUCUACCUGUUCUGGCCCCUUGUCCUGUCCAGCCACCCCGACUAAAGUGUCCCAGAGUAAACACAAAGUGUUCCCUUCAAACCCUGCCCAAAUUACAAGUUUGUGAUCAAAGAAACUAUUGUUGUUUAAGUUUGUUUUGGGAUGGUUCAUUACACAACCAUAAAAUGCAGGAUAUCAACAGAAUAUAGCAAUAAAUAUAGCUUAAAAUUGAAAAAUGAAGAAGUAUGUGAUUUAGAAACAAAGGUAAAUAUCAAAAUUAAAAUCUAAGAGGGGGAAAAUGUUUGCCUCGGAGAUGGGAAACUGCAGUGAGGGAGACAGGAACCUGCUGUUUUGUUUUAUUGUAACAAACCUUAUGGAUCUAUUUGAUACUUUAAACUACAUUAAUGUAUAACUUGGAUAAAAACUAAAACUAAAAACAAAAUUUUUUUCCCUUUUUUUCUUUCUUUUUGCUUAGCAGGAAUGGAUCUACAAUUGGUUUAAAAGGCUUCUUGUGCACUCAGCGAUGGGUGUAUGAAACAGUCCAUUAUUCCAGCAACUAAGAUAAAAUUCCUGCUGACACGACCUGAUAUUCCCACUCAGCUAAAAUGCUGCCUAAGGUUUUUUACUUAAAGACUCAGGUAACAGUCUUGGGGGUGACGAGUCCCGGUUGCCUCAGUGGAGCCCCUAGGGGGCCUUGUUUAUUCUGUGUCUGAGCCCAGGCUUGGGCGUCCAGGGUGAGGUGCCAGCCAGGCAGGAAGCAGCCUGCAGGUGAGGCUGCCGGCCCAGGUGUGGCGGCUCCGCAGACGAGCUGAGCCUCAGGCCCUUCCUGGAGGAGUUCGUGGGUCUGAAUCCCGGAUUGCAGGGUUAUUUGGAGUUGGGGGGUGUGGGUUAGGUGUUGAAGCAGAUUAAAGAUUUGAGGCCUGGUGAAUGGAAGGAGGAAGAUGCCUUUCACAACAGAGAAGGCUCUGGAGAUGGAGGAGGGUGUCUUCAGCACCUGCACAUAACCUAGUAUGGCAGGAUAAUCUCUUUGAACCUUGUCUUUUUAUGGGUUUUUGUGGUUUGGGGAUUUUUAAUAUGUAGGAAGCCACUUUAGGGGGGAAAUACAUUUAAAUAUUUUACUUUUUAAAGUUAUUAUUUAUUUAUUUAUUUGGCCACACCAUGCAGCAUGUGGGAUCUUAGUUUCCCGACCAGGGAUCAUACCUGUGCCCCCUGAAGUGGAAGUGCUGAGUCUUAACCACCGGGGAAGUGCCUUAAAAAGUUAUUUUACUUAACCAGGUUCAUGAAUUGCAUUGAUUCUUUAACGUUCUUAAAUUGUACCUUGCUCAGUUCUGGAAAGCCGUCAGCCAAAUACUGAAAAAGCAACAGAAACAAGUGCAAAACAGAACAUGAAACAGAAACUCUCCUUUAGCACAUUUUACCUUAAUAGAUUUUCAAACGACACAAGGUACUGUUGGAAUAAAAUUGUCCUCCUCGCUCUUAUGAUACAAAAUAAACGGGAAAUUAUUUUCACUCCUGAGUUACAGGAGGUUCUUGACUUUUUUUUUUUUUUUUUGGGCUGCACCUCGCAGCUUGUGGGAUCUUAGUUCCUCGACCAGGGAUUCCAACUACUGGACUGCCAGGGAAUUCCCUGGGAAGCUCUUGACUUUCUUAGGCUUUCAUUUCCACACAUUAUAUAUUGAUGCCCAAACCACCUUUCGGCCUGGGAGUUGUGUUUCAUAUGCAACAGCUACUACCAUACUACCACCCCAGGACAGAGCAGAGGCCUGGCCUCUGCCAACUGCCUGGCUGAGCCUCCCUUCUGCCCAGGGCUCUGCUGUACCCCAGCCUCUGACAGGCUGAGCCAGAGCUCAGUACUGCAUACGGGGCUCCACAGUCAUUGAGAGUCCUCCCCAGGAACUGUGCGAGAGCGGGGGCUGGUCUGUCUCUUGCCUUGGUGGUAGAGCGGCCCCCUUUCCUCUCCCCACCCCAGGCACCUGACCCAAGUUCCCCUGUGGAAAGGAAGUGCCUGGAUGUCCCUCCCUGGUAGCUGGAAUGGGUCAGAGGGAAGCAGUCUACACGGACCUUGAUUAGGAAAUACUGUAAAAUAUUUGUUUUCUGGAAAUGAGCUGCUUUAAUAUUUGGCCAUUUGUUUGGCUUUCAAACACUCAGCUUGCAAACAUGCCUUAAGGAUAUUAAGUCCUGCCUUAAGGUUAGGGUUUCACCCCUACCCCACCUCCAGAAUUGCUUCUGCACCAGGCCCCAUGCUAACAGCCCUGUGACACAGGUACUAUUAUUUUUCCCAUUUUGCAGAUGAAGGAAUUAAGACUUGAAGAGGUUAGGUACCAGAGAAUACCCAUAAUAAGUGGUGGAAAUUGAAUGAGCCCAGGCCCAAAAUCUACUGAUUUCUUUCAAUCAACAUUUCUCAAAGCUAAAGCUUUUCAUAUAUCACCUUUUUUUUUUUCUCCCACACUAC